AUGCCUGUUCCACACGGUGGUGUUCUGCAAGAUCUGGUCGCGAGAGACGCGUCGAAGAGAGAUGAGCUGUUGAGAGAGGCGCAGUCCGGCAAGCUGGUCGGCUGGGAUCUGACCGAGAGACAGGUGUGCGAUCUGGAGCUGAUCCUGAACGGCGGGUUUUCGCCGCUGGACGGGUUCCUGACGCAGGCGGACUACGAGAGCGUGGUGGACGAGAUGCGAUUGACGAGCGGCACGCUGUGGACGAUGCCGAUCACGCUGGACGUCGACGCGGGGUUCGCGCAGCGGCUCUCCGCGGGCCAGCGCGUCGUGCUGACGCAGGACCGCGAGAUCCCGCUCGCGAUCCUCACGGUCAAGGACGUGUACAAGCCGGACAAGCAGGCGGAGGCGAAGAAGGUGUUCCGCGGCGACCCGGAGCACCCGGCGAUCAGCUAUCUGUACCACGAGGCCGGCGAGUACUACGUGGGCGGCUCGGUCGAGGCGAUCCAGCUGCCACAGCACUACGACUACCCCGGGCUGCGGAAGACCCCGCACCAGCUGCGGCUGGAGUUCGAGUCCAGACAGUGGGACCGGGUGGUCGCGUUCCAGACGCGGAACCCGAUGCACCGGGCGCACCGCGAGCUGACCGUGCGGGCGGCUAGAGAGGCCAACGCGAAGGUGUUGAUCCACCCCGUGGUCGGGCUGACCAAGCCCGGCGACAUCGACCACCACACGCGGGUCCGCGUGUACCAGGAGAUCAUCAAGAGGUAUCCCAACGGGCUCGCGUUCAUGUCGCUUCUGCCCUUGGCGAUGAGAAUGGCCGGCGACAGGGAGGCCGUGUGGCACGCGAUCAUCAGAAAGAACUACGGCGCUACGCACUUUAUUGUCGGCAGAGACCACGCCGGGCCGGGCAAGAACUCCAAGGGCGUCGAUUUUUACGGUCCGUACGACGCGCAGGAGCUGGUGGAGGCGUACAAGAACGAGCUGGGUGUAGAGGUGGUUCCGUUCAGAAUGGUCACGUAUCUGCCCGACGAGGACCGAUAUGCUCCGAUCGACGAGAUCGACACCGCGAAGACCAGGACGCUGAACAUCUCCGGCACGGAGCUGCGCAAGAGACUGAGAACCGGCGGGGAGAUCCCUGAGUGGUUCUCGUACCCAGAAGUGGUCCGGAUCCUGCGGGAAUCGAACCCGGCGCGGCCUCGCCAGGGCUUUGCCAUUGUCGUGGAGGACUCGCUGCAGGUGUCGCGCCGCCAGCUGGGUACCGCGCUCUUGUCGACUUUUCUGCAGUUUGGCGGCGGCAGACACUACAAGAUCUUCGAUCACAACGACAGCGAUAGCACGUUGCUGUCGCUGGUGCCGGAUUUCAUCCAGUCUGGGGCCGGUCUUAUCGUGCCUAAACAAUGGUCGUCGGCCGUCAAGGCUCCCAACGUGUAUCUGUUGGGGAGUUCCGAGAACUCCGAUAUCAAGCUCGGUUCGUCUGAGGAAUCCGUCUUGCACAUAGUACAGAAGACUGUGUUGUUUCUGGAGGACAACGGGUUUAUCAGUUUUUAA